AUGUCUACCACCCCAUGCCCAUGCCCAUCCGCCCAAGCCAAGAAACCGCCUGUGCCUGCCGCGGCUAAAAAACACCGGGCCUGGCUGUCGCCCCCCCUCCCCCCCCCCGCUUCCCUCACUGAAAUUUCCAUUUUUCCACCCGUUGUGCAGCAACUAAACCAGGUCCAUGCAAGAUCUGCAGAGGGAGAAAGAAGAGAACAAAGAAAAGAAAAACCGCCGAUUGCCAUUGGGCUGGAUUUGUCCAUGGGUUUUCCCACAAAAAUGGGCAACUUUUGGGUCUGA